AUGGACUGCGUGAACCACGUUACGAGCGAUGCGGAUAUACUCCCUUGCAAGUCCGAUGUCAUCCUUAGCAAAACGUCGUCUGCCAACUUCACUGCUGGCACAAAGCCGAUACUGGCAAGUCACCGACGUCUGCUCUGCAUGAACGUCAAGCAAACCAACAUGCUGCGGGUGCUGAACCGCCACGGGAAGCACAAUGACAUGACCAUCAAAGUCGCCGCAGUCGCGAACCUCGUAUCGACAGAGAAGAUUACCGGUCAUCCGACUCUCUUCUACGCUGUGGGCGGGAAGGACUUGGCCAUCAUUUGCCCCACCACGCAGGCAAACGGCGACAUCUCCGUCUCGCUGGUGGAAUCGAAACUGGACGAGGAGGGCUACGCCUCGACUGCCGGCGAGACGCAGCGGCUCUACGUCCUCGGCCAGCAGAACGUGAUGGAGGUGGAAGAGUCUACUGGCCUCAUCAAGAGCAAGAUUCCUCUCACCCCAAAGACGACGGUAAGGUUCCCCAUUAUCGAUUACCAUCAGGCAGCUCAACUGCUGCUCGUGCCGGCCAAGUCGACCCACCUCGACCUCAUCUCGACUCGCACCCGCAAGAGCGUUCUGGGGCGUGUCUGGGAGCCGCAUGAAGACACUGCGCCAACCUUUGCCUGCUUCUUCCAGCACCAUGCCUUCUCCGAGGAGUCUGGCAAAGAACUGCUCGUCGUGACGGCGGCGCAGGGCAAUCGUGAGAUUCGCUUCUGGGCCUAUCAGAGUGACACCCAGAAGUUCGCGCUCAAGCAGCAGCUGAACCUCUCCUACAAAGAUGAGCUGAGGGAGGAGUACGACAUCAGCAUCACUGCUGACGAGGAGUACAUCACGCUCUGCUCUCGCACGAGGCCGUACGCGGUGGUGAUCGAGACCCACCACACCCUGUUCAAGGCGUACCGGAUGACGUCCUGGCGCAUGGCAGGACCAGCGCUGUGCUCGACAACGUCCGUUGGCAAGGUCACAGAGAGCGCGCAGAGCAAGUCCGUCAGCUACGAGCUCUUCAUCACAAUUCGAACAGAAACCGGCUUUGUGCAGUCGAUGCCCAACUCCAGCCGCCUCGCAGGUGCGUCGAACUUGUCCGUAGCGAGGGGCGACUCUGUGGCCAACUGGUUCCCGUCCCUCGCGACUGGCGGUGCUGGUGCUGGUCGCGACGUGUCGAGUGCAUCGGCUGGCUCAGGUGCCGCCGGCGCGGCACUGACCCCGAUCACCGCCGUCUCGUCCUCGCUUACAGGCGAAAUCAAGACGAGCAGCCUGUCGGAGACGGCUGUCGCAUCCAUCAUUCGAUCGCAGGCGCAGAAGUUCUGCGAGCAAGUCAAGGUGAUCGAUGCCGACCUUGUCGAUAUGCAGAAGAGUGCAUCAGAUACGAUGCGGUUGCUGCAAGACUCACGCUACCGCACGGAGGCGCAGAACAGCGGCCGCACCUUCGCUAUCCGCAACCGCGCGCGCCUUGAGAAAAAUUCCACCACUGCAGCAUCCACGGCAACCACGAAGCCGCAUGCCACACCUGCGUCUGUAGACACUGCGGGGGCUGUUGAUAGCGAGUACGGCGUGCUAACGACCGGGGAGCGCGAGCUUAUUUUGAGUAUCCGCAAUUUUGUGCAGGAGGUGCAGGGCGGCAGCGCAGCAGCGGCCUCGGCGGCACUCAAGGCCCUCCUCGGCAAACAGCUCCGCCUUUCCGUGGAGCGGACGGCCAACGAAGCGAGCAAGUUAGAGAUUCCUGCCCACGUCACAGGAGACUUCAACUCGCUGCAGUCAGUACAAGAGUACCGUCGCGUCGUCAAUGCGAGUAUCACGCGCAUCGGUGCCACAACGAAGCGGUUCCAGGAGCUGAAUCGCACUACUUUGGAAGCCUCGUCGGCGCAGACCGCGACGUGCCUUGCCCAGGUCGAGGCCUUCCGCCAGAAACUGAGCUCAUCGCUGCGCUCCAUGAAUGGGGAGAUGAAAGAGUUGAAGGUAGCGCUCUCACAGUGCCAACUGUCCUGCAAGGCUGCCGAGGGUGCGGCGACGCCACCGAGCCCGGAUGCCAUCUUGGCACGGGCGGUAGAGCAGGCCAAGGAGGGGGAUUGGAAGGGUGCCCUCACCACAAUCCUCGCUUCCAACGACAUCGGCAUUCUACUGACAUUUUUGGAGAAUGAGCUGUGCCGGGAGAAACAGGCGGUACUCACGUCACCUAAGACACUGACGCUGCCGCUCUUCCUCAGUCUUUGCCUACAGCUCACCUUCGAGAUGCCACUGCAGUCCGGUACGGUACCGUUGCGUCUGCAGCUGCUGUCCGACUUCUACGUGGAGUGGGACGACUGGCUGCGCACGAUCCGGCUGCAGGCACAGAAGGAUGCACAGCAAGCUGCCGUCUACGAUAUUGUGAAGCGCGAGCUGUCGACCGUGCUGGAGGCGCUAGAGGGCAUACCCCGUGAGCAGCUGGAUCGCAAGAGCCGCAACAAGGAGCGCCUUGUGCACAAGCUCAUCUCUCAGCUUCUGAUGGAUGAAUAA